UUUCACGUAUACUAAGCACCCUAAGAAUCCAAUCAAUUGGUAGAGUAGAUCCUCCUAAUUGAACAAGCUAACCAAGAACAAUGUCAAAAGUCUUUCAAUUCGGCCAUUUACCAGUUCACUCACAUUGUUUUUCCCAGGACCGCAAGACCCUUGCAAUUACCAAGGAGAACACUGUUGAAGUGUACGACGUUUCCACUCCUAGUGCAAAGCUGCUGGCCACGCUGAAGGACCACGAUAAGACGGUGACUGCUGUUGACAUCUCAAUCCAUGGACGUAUCGUGACUUGUUCCCAAGACCGUAAUGCCAUUGUUUGGGAGCCACUGAGCGAUGGCUCAUACAAGCCAACUCUGGUGUUGUUACGUAUCAACAGAUCGGCAACUUCUGUUAAAUGGGCACCAAACGGUUACAAGUUUGCCGUUGGUUCUGGUGCGCGUGUCAUUGCAGUGUGCUAUUUCGAGCAAGAGAACGAUUGGUGGAUCUCCAAGCAUAUCAAGAAGCCAAUUAGAUCCACCAUUCUGUCCAUUGAAUGGCAUCCAAACAGUGUUUUACUGGCUGCUGGUUCCACAGAUGGCCAUGCCAGGGUGUUUUCAGGUUAUGUCAAGGGUAUCGAUACCAAGCCUGAACCAACGCUAUGGGGUGAAAAGUUGCCAUUCAACACACUGUGUGGUGACUUUGUCAGUUCCAAUGGUGGUUGGAUCCAUGACGUUGCCUUUAGUCCAGCCGGCGAUGUGUUGGCAUUUGUGUCUCAUGAUUCUACAGUGACAGUGGUUUACCCAGGAGGCGCCAACCAACCACCACGUUCUGCAUUGAGCGUGUCUACGUCUUAUUUGCCCUUCACCUCGUGUAUUUUCGCUAACGAGUCCACUGUCAUUGCAGCGGGCCAUAGUUGUCACCCUGUUGUGUUCCAAGGUGAUGAGACCAACUGGGUCCUUUCACACGCGAUUGACGACCCGGAGAAGAACAAGCAGGCGGAGGACAGCGAGACUUCAGCUCUAAACAUGUUCAGACAGAUGGAUCUGAAGGGUACCGUUGUCGGUAAGAACGCGUCGAAUUUGAAGACCAUCCACCAAAACACCAUCACUCAGCUGAGACCAUACUCCGAGUCGAAUGGUUCGUUGACCAAGUUCUCCAGCUCCGGUAUCGAUGGCAGAAUUGUCAUUUUCUCCGCCUAGGUUUGCUUUUGGCUUUUUGUUCUAUGUAAAUUCCGAUGUUGACGAUUGCUCUUCGUCGUUACUCAACCCUUCUUGUUGUAGGAACAGUGAGUAGACGGCUCCUUUGAACAGCGUGAACACCAGUGCGAUUUUCGAUUC